AUGGUUGUGAACAGUGGGACGAAAGCGCUGGAGCUAUUGGGAAUGGAACCAAACGUGAACAUGAUCAUUACUGAUAACUGGAUGCCAAAAAUGACAGGAUAUGAACUACUCAAGAGAAUCAAGGAAUCCUCCAAGACGAGGGAAAUCCCUGUGAUCAUAAUGUCAAUUGAAAAUGUUCCUAAUCAAAUAAAUAGAUAUCUAAAAAAAUCAGCAGAAGAUUUCUUGUUGAAGCUUGUGAGACCAUCUGAUGUAUCUCGUUUGUCCAGCUAG